GAGGUAGCGUUGACAUUUUCAUAUUUAUUAUUCAUAUACAAAAUGGUUCAAUGAGGUUUUCUUGCCACAUUUUGUUCUGAUAACGAACUGACUCAUUCAUUUUCCUUUUCACAAGUUCUAACCAUGAACCCCAAACUCAGAUUUCCAUCUCUUAAUCGCCUGAUAAGUCUGUGCAAAACCCUGGCAAUCUCAGGGAUAUUUCUGUACUUCGCCUUCGUAUUCUUCUUCACCCAAUCCUACUGCCCAGCUUCUGAGCUCUUCUCCCCCUUGCAACACAUAUUUGCACCUUCCCAAACUACCCCUCCUCCUCCCCGUGAUGAUUCUCCCGCCACCAACGUUAGCCACCUUGUUUUUGGACUAGUGGGUUCCCUCAAAGCAUGGAGACACAGAAAGGCUUACAUAGAAUCGUGGUGGCGCCCGAACAUGACGCGUGGAUACCUAUACCUUGACGCUGCCCCCACGGAGGAGUUCCUCCCUUGGUCCGCCGCAUCUCCCCCUUUCCGGGUAUCCGGUGACGUCUCCAAAAUAGCAGUAGAAGAGUCGAGACACGUGCCGAUUCGGAUAGUGCACGCGAUUUUGGAGGUUUAUAGAGAGGGAGAUCCAGAAGUGAGAUGGUACGUGAUGGGAGACGACGACUCAAUCUUCUUUGUUGACAAUUGGGUGGAUGUUCUAGCAAAAUACGAUCACACUAAGUAUGUAUACAUUGGAGGGCAUUCAGAGACUAUUCAGUCAAACUUUAAAAUCUCCUUUGAUCAGGGAUUCGGUGGAGCUGGAUUCGCAUUGAGUUACCCUUUGGCUUCGGCUAUGGCGAAAGAUCUGGAAGGUUGUAUCAAGAGAUAUCCAAACUUGAUUUAUGCUGACCUUAUUACUCAGUAUUGCGUUGAAGAGCUCGGUGUUUCUCUCUCCGCCGAGAGAGGAAUUCAUCAGAUAGAUUUAAAGGGGGACAUAUCGGGGUUGCUAUCAUCUCAUCCACAGGCACCGUUGAUGUCCCUCCACCACUUUGACAAGGUGGACCCAAUCUUUCCCUCCAUGGAUCGUUUUCAGUCCGCGAAGCACCUAAUGAAAUCUGCCAAAGCGGACCAAUCCCGGCUACUCCAACAAACCAUCUGCUACCACAAGCCAACCAACUGGUCCUAUUCAGUCUCGUGGGGCUACUCUGCACAUAUUUAUGAGAAGGUUCUUCCUAGAAGCAUUUUGAAGAGACCACUGGAGACAUUUAGGCCUUGGAAGAAUGGCUUGACGUCACCAUUUUACAUGUUCAACACGCGGUUGCCGCCAUUCAAGGAUCCAUGUAAUGCUCCUCAUGUUUUCUUCAUGGAGUCGGUCAAGAAUUUUGGAAGGAACCAAAUUGUUUCAACCUAUGUUCGAUCCUCUUCACCAAAUUGUUCUAGCAGCAACCAUUCUGCUGACUACAUCUCUAUGGUUCGAGUCUUGUCACCAGUGACAAAACUUGUUCAGAUUGAUCAAAGUGAAUGUUGCGACAUUAUACAAGCGAGUGACAGUAACAUAGCUGAGGUCAAAUACAGGGCUUGCAUGGAUGAUGAGAUACUUGGUUGAAUGUACUCUUAACUGUAUGUAACUUGAUAGCGGUAGAUGCGGCGAAAGCCCGCUUUCUUCGCUCCGGGAUUGAGAAUUAUUGGCAAUUGUUGGACUGCGACAAAAGGU